GCGGCCGGCCCCUCGACGGCGACGUCGCGCAGAUCUCCGGGUGACGCGGCGGCGGCGACCCGACGUACGCCGGGCGCCGCGCGGCGUCGCUACGCGCCUGCCCGAUGGAUGGCGCGGCGCUCCGCCAUUGGGGGACUACUUCGCGUCGGGUAGGCGAGCCUGCGCGCGUACGCGUCGCAGUCCACAGUCCGAGCUAUAGAAAAUGAACUCCGCUGUGGUUAUCGCGGCGCUACGAGCCGUAAGCCCGAUGCUCCCGUCGUCGUCCGUGAGUGAAUAGGAGAUCGAUCGGAACGGCCGGGAUGGAGGGCGGCACGUCCAGGAACGAGUUCAGGAUCGCACCAGAGCUGUGCUUCCUGAUCGUCAAGUUCCUCAAGGCGAGCAUCUGUCCGGAGGCGGCGACGGUGCUGAAGCGGGAAUUGGAGCGUACCGAGAUACUGCCGUCGCGGAUCGACUGGGAGGGCAACGUGCACGUUCAGACGUUCGAGGAGCUGGAGAAGAAGUAUCCCCACAUUGGGCCGAAUUAUUUGUUGCAAAUAUGUGCCAGAAUAGGGCCAGUGUUAGAGAAAGAAGUGCCGCCAUGCGUUCGUGGAGUGAUAUCUCUUCUGGGAGCAGGCAGGCAGUCCCUGCUGCGUACUCACGAAGAUCUUGCGUGUCACGCGCACAGCGUUGUCGCUUAUUCUGGAAGAUUCGGCGGAAAACCUUUCUUGGAACUGGCCGGUAGCCUGUCGGUGCCUAACAUAGUACGUGUACUUCAGGGACGCGAGAAUUCUGGCCCUUUGAGUCGGAGGCAGGCGAUACCGACAAAGUUCUACAGCAAAAUGAAGCUGUAUCGGCAUACGUUGGGUCACUUGUCCGCGGUAUAUUGUGUACUGUUUGAUCGCACCGGCAAAUACAUUAUAACCGGAGCCGAUGAUUUGCUCGUCAAGGUCUGGAGUUGCGUUGACGGGCGUUUGCUCGCCACUUUCCGCGGCGCGUCUGCAGAGAUUAUGGACAUUACGGUGAAUUUUGAUAAUACUCUGCUGGCAGCAGGCAGUUUGGAUCGAGUAAUACGGGUCUGGUGUUUUCAGUCGAUGUCACCUGUGGCAGUUUUAACCGCGCAUUCAGGCAUGAUUACGUCCAUCAAUUUUUGUCCAAUAGCGUGUAACGACGUUUACUAUUUAGUCUCUACAAGUACUGACGGAUCCGUAGCCUUUUGGUCUCAUACAAAGAAACCGAACGAGAGAGCGAUAUUUCAAACAAAGCCCAUCCAGUACCAUGAAAAAAUGAGGCCCGGCCAGGCGCAAAUGAUCUGUGCCUCCUUCAGCCCCGGGGGCGCAUUUGUGGCAGCCGGCUCCGCGGAUCAUAACGUGAGAGUUUACGCGAUGUUGGGUGACGAAGGACCUCGCAGAGUCCUCGAGAUUGAGGCGCAUUCCGACACAGUCGAUAGUAUUCAAUGGGCGCACAGUGGCUUAAAAUUCAUUUCCGGUUCUAAAGAUGGUACUGCGAACGUGUGGCAUUUCGAGCAACAGCAAUGGGUGCAUAAACAGCUGCUCAUGACGACAAAGCUCCCUGGAGAACUAGAGAUGGAGGAUGAUACGACCAAAAAGGCGAAAGUGACUAUGGUUUGUUGGGACGUGAGCGACGAAUUUGUUAUAACGGCGGUGAACGAUCACACGCUGAAAGUGUGGAAUGCAAAAUCGGGUGACCUGAUAAAGGUCCUGCGGGGGCACAAAGACGAGGUUUUCGUGCUGGAGUCGCAUCCAAUAGAUCCUCGAAUGAUUCUCAGUGCUGGCCACGACGGGCAACUUAUUAUUUGGGACGUAUUGAAUACAGAACCGUUGGUGUGCUUUCAAAAUUUUGUCGAGGGCCAAGGAAAUUGCGCUGUUUUCGAUGCGAAAUGGUCGCCCGAUGGUACGAGGCUCGCCGCGACCGAUUCCAACGGGCAUCUCUUGAUGUACGGAUUUGGAUGUGGAGUCGAGAAACUGAAAAUCGUACCGAAAGAAUUAUUCUUCCACACGGACUACCGUCCCUUGAUAAGAGACGGAAAUAACUACGUUCUCGACGAGCAGACACAAACGGCGCCACAUUUAAUGCCGCCACCAUUUUUGGUUGAUGUAGAUGGAAAUCCCUAUCCGCCGGCGUUGCAAAGAUUGGUGCCGGGUAGAGAAAAUUGUAGAGGCGAACAAUUGGUACCAAAUAUCGCGGUUGGUGCAGGCGGCAUGCAAGAGGUUAUAGAAGGUCUUCCAGAACAAGAACCGAGAUCGAACAUUGAUCGAUUGAUCGAGGCUCUAGCUCAGAGGCAAAAUAUCAAUGCGGAUGGAGAAGCGGUCGCUGCCGGUGCCGGCGAUGACAGGGAGAACAACGUCGCGGAGCAACCGAUCCGUCAAAUAGCGAGUCCCCGCGGUAGCAGAGCCGGUUUGAGGAGAGAGGGCAACGUUGAAGGUGUUCGGCAAAGUAGCGGUAACUGGCAAAGGGAUAACACCACUCCGUGGAACAAACCCAUGCUCGCGCGUCCUCUGAAUCCGGCUGUGAAAGAGACUCAGCAUAAAACAAUUCUAGCAAUGGCCGAUGCGGAGUUGGACAACUGGCGUCGGGAGAUGCGACGGCGACCACAGCCUACCUCGAGCACUGCCACUAAUCAAGGCAAUAUAGGAAAUAAACUCGUAAACCGCAAGCGUAAUAGAACUACUAGGCACGGUUAUAGAACUAGGGCAACGCGCGAAGAACAAGAGGACGAAUACGAGAAUCUCGAUAAUGCUGCGUCGUCAGCGAGUUCAGUCAGUAGCAAUAGCAAUGAUUCCACCGCUCACGAGGAGGAUAUGUGCUCCGAUAGCACCACGGACUCCAGCACCGAGUAUUCCGAUUGGAUCGCGGAUCACGGGUUGAGUUUGGAGCCGCCGAAGCGCAGUAAACGGAAACCCGUGAAAAAGCGGUCCGUCACGCCGCCGAGUGAGACGGACAGAAGACGCAGCAGGCGUCCUAAGAAAAAACAGGGAGUACAAAUAGCUAAUGGUAUUCGUGAAGUUCCUGAAAUUUAUCGACCUUCGGAAUGGCUCACCGAAGCAAUACCGAGGAAAGCCCCUUAUUACCCACAGAUGGGCGACGAAAUAGUAUAUUUCCGACAAGGUCAUAAAUUCUAUUUAGAUGCAAUUAGGAAUAAAAAGGUUUAUGAGCUUAGUCCGCGGUGCGAGCCAUGGACCAAGAUAAAUAUUAGAGCGCAAGAAUUUGUGAAAGUAGUGGGUAUUAAAUAUGAAAUACGACCGCCUCGUUUGUGCUGUUUGAAAUUAGCAUUGAUGGAUGCGGACGGUCGACUCACUGGACAGAAUUUCACCAUCAAAUACCACGAUAUGGCCGAUGUGUUAGAUUUCUUGGUCUUGCGCCAAACCUUCGACACGGCGUUGGCACGAAAUUGGUCUGAGGGAGAUAAAUUUCGUUGUAUGAUCGACGAUGGAUGGUGGAUGGGACAGAUUGUCGGAAUGGAGCCAUUGGACGAAGAGUUUCUGGACUCGUUGUUCAUGUGCUUGCGCGUUAGAUGGGACAAUGGGGAAUUUGAACGAAUGAGCCCUUGGGAUCUCGAACCUGUCGACGAAGACAGAGUCCCGUUGGAACUUGGCGGCGCAGUUCCCGUCUUACCGGAGGAGAGACAGGCGAUUCUGUAUCAGCCACAUGCGGAGGAGUGGCCGAUGGGUGACAGAGAAGCGACCUGUCGCCGAAUCAUACGGGGCCUGGAUCAAGUGAUGAGCCUCGCGAUCGCAGAGCCAUUUGUGGUGCCGGUUGAUCUCAGUCUUUAUCCAACUUACGCCUACAUCGUGGAGUAUCCGAUCGAUUUGUCGACCAUAAAGGCUCGCUUCGAAAAUCAUUUCUACAGAAGAAUCACGUCGGCGCAAUUCGACGUCAGAUACUUGGCAACGAAUGCCGAACAGUUCAACGAGCCGCACAGUCACAUAGUGAAAAAGGCGAGAAUAGUCACUGACCUGUGUCUACGUAUAAUAAAGGAAACCACCGAUGUAGAUGUCCCGGCAGUAUAUCAUCAGUUGAACGAUACGUACCACUCUUCCGAAUCGGAGAUGGACGUAGAGGACAGACCUUCGACGAGUAAACCGAGUUCCACUAGAAAUUUACGUUCGCAAGACAUUUCGCAAGACUGGAAACUGUCGUGUCGCCACCUGCUCGAGUGCCUGUGGCAGUGCGAGGACUCGAUACCUUUCAGGGAACCGGUGGACAGAUUGGAGCAUCCGGAAUAUCAUCAAAUAAUAGACACACCGAUGGACUUGCGCACCGUCAAGGAGGAUUUAGUGGGCGGUAAUUACGAUACGCCAAUAGAAUUUGUCAAGGAUAUGAAGUUGAUUUUUACAAACAGUAGGAAUUUCAAUACCAACAAACGUUCGAGGAUAUACUCGAUGACAAUAAGACUGUCUGCUAUGUUCGAGGAGCAUAUGGAUAGGAUACUUUCAAAUUGGAAAUCGUCGCGCAGGCGUAACGUUAACAGCCGGGCAACGAAGACGAGAAGCAAGAGGACUCGAAAGAAGAAACCUAAUUUAAGUAACGGCACAGGACCUUCCAAAUCAAAACAUGCUCCUAGCGACGACGACGACGAUGACGAGGACAAUGCGGACAGUGAGGACGACGACGAUGAGGAGUCGGGUAAAGAGCAGAAAAAGAACAGUUUUGACAUAUGUUUACCUGGCCCGUCUCGAAUGACAAACGGUCACACGAAACGGUCUAAUUCCGGCCCGUCCCGGCCAACGUUGAAGCUGCGAAUCUGCCGGUCGACCGUAGCGAAGAAGCCGAAGGACAGUGAUAGUGACGCUAGUGAGUCCGAGGCAACGUCGGACAGUGAUAGCAGUGACAGUGCCCCUGUCCGAAGAACUAGAGCGAGGACAGCGAUGCCCAGUGUUAGUGCCGAUAGCGAUUCCGGGGACGAUUACACGCCCGGCGGUCGCGGCAAACAGGUUCGCAAGAAUCGCGGUAGGAAUAUUAAGAACGGUAAGCAGUCCAAACCUAAAGUGAAAUCGAACGUUAUCGCGGACGACGAGGACGACGACGACGAUGAGUACGUUGCGGAGAACAAGGCGAACGAGGACAACGAAGAGGACGAGGAGGAAUUCCUCGCGCCAGACUCUACGGAGGAGGAGAGCGAAGAAGAGAAGAUCAUCAAAAGGGACACUAGAUCGCGAAAGUUAGUAACCGUGGGCGGGCAGAAUCAAAAGUACGCCGCUAACAACGGGAAGAACGGUAACAGCGACAGCGAGAGCGAGGAAGAGGAAGAGGAAGAGCAGGAGCAGGAGGAGGCGGAGGCGGAGGCGGGUGAGGAGGAGGAGGAAGGAGAUGUAGAAGAGCCGCAACAGUUACAGCACAAGGCCAAUAAUCAAGACUCUGAGGACAGUGAUUAUUCCUACAAAAGAUCCUUCAGAUCGUCGCGCUCGAGUCGCCGGACGCAGCGCGAUUCCGUGGACUUGGAGGACACGAGGCAGCACAGUAGCACCAGGCGAUCCUCGACCCGCAAACGGCCCUGCUACAACGAGGACAGCGACGACGAGGACGUGGACGUGGACGAACACGAACACACCGUGACGCCGGUGAGAAACCGGCGCAAGAUUAAGCGUCGCUCGUACGCCGAGGAUAGCGACGAGAGCAUGCCGGAGCCCGGCAUCAGCAUAAGUAGCCGAGGUCGCAUACGUAAAAUGACACCGCGUGCCCGCGCUUAUCUCCUAGAGUCGCCCUAACGGCAUCUCUCUAGGUAAAACGUCGAAGGGUCUUGGUGAGAAUUCCGAGGAGUGUGGUAUCGUGCUGAUUGCAUCGAAAACUCGAAUCAUAGAACUGUCCAGAGAUGAACAGAAUUUUCGGUCGAUCGGUCUUCUCGUUCUCUCGGCGUUCGCUUCGUCGUCGUUAUUUUCCCCCUCACGAUACCAAUGUGAAUCUCCGACAGACACGCCGCGAUAUGGUCUUCGGAGAUGACGCAGUAAAAACUGAAAUGAGAUUUCAUUUCAAAGGUUUUUUCUUCAACUACGCUCGAAUAAAAAAAAAUACCAUUUAUUUGUAUAAAAGAUUGAGAUUGUAGAGUGAGUUGUAUCGGGCGCUCCUGCUAAGUACUUCUAUUUUUAUGAAGCGACUUGUUCUGUAAAGAAAAAUGUCAUAUUUCCCUUUUACAUUGACCUGUACUGACGAUCUGAACAAUACAUUGGCUCAAAGGUACAAACAGAAACAGUGUGAGCGGGCACGCGAUAUUUUCCGUUUUUUUUAUAAGUCACUCGGUAUGAUUUUAUUUGCGCGUUCAACCGAAUUUAAUAACGAUAGGCAACUUUGUAUAAAGUUUCACGUAUUCUAAAGAAAAUUAUAUCGAAAAUUCUAUAUAAUCGUGUUGUUGUACAGGUACAAUGAUUAUAUUGUUAACCAUCUUGAAAGUGUAGAAACAAAAACGCGUCUUUCGAAAAGAUGUGAGUCUACGUUUAUAUCAAUUGCUUCCAUUGAUUUCAAUAGCUUAGUUGACAAAUGAAAUUUUCAUGCUAUGAUUAUAAAAAAAAAAAGGAGAAGUGUUAUUUUAUAAAACAGUUUUCAGUCUCAUUGAAGCAACAAAAGUUGAAUAAUGCACUCGUAAAAUUUAUCAAGUUAUCGUUUUAAAAUAAGGUCUUCGCAUUGUCAUCGUAAUGGUUAUUAAUUGAGAGUUUAUGUGCUCGUGUUGAGACUCUUGUUUGAUUCAUUGCAGUCAUAUUAAAUUAGAAAACCCCUUUCGAUUCGUGGGUAAAUUGACAAACGGCUAUAAAUCUUAUAGCCAUAAAACCGCUAUUUUUAUAUUAUAAUUUAUAUAAUUUAUAUUUUAUAAUUAUAAUACAUAUUUUUUAUAAUUAUAAUAUAAUAGAGUUAUAUAAUUAUUUGUUACAAAGUUCGUUUUCACUGGAAAGACAGAUUUGAAAAAAAAGAAACAACACUCAUUUUAACACGCAACGUUUCAUAUGAUUUCUCUUGAUGUCGCAAUUCAAUAGAACUGCAAUGAAACAAUCAAGAGCCUUUGUGUAAUUUUUUAAAUAUGUUCCACUGUAAGAGAACAUGAAUCAGUAUUUAUUUUAUCUACGAAACCUUUUCGAGAAGACACGCAAGUCGUAAUGUAAUUACCUGUGAAUUUUCGCAUUGCCCCGAAAGAAAGAUAGAUCUAUACAGUUCGUUACACACAUAACACACACACACACACACACACAUAUAUAUAUAUAUACAUAUACAUACACAAUGGUUACCUCUUUAGACAGCGGACUUGUAAUUUUAUUUUUAAGUUAUAUUAAAUGUAACAUGUGCGAUAACGACAACGGUUUGUUGUUAGCAUACGAAGAGAACUGACUCUAAUUUUUUUUUUAAUGUGAUGAACAAUAUUUGGGAGUACAACAAGGUAUCUUUAUUUUCUUCUCUUCUUUUUCCUUUUCUUCCUCCUUUUCUCUCUUGCGGAUUCUGCCUUUUCGCUUCUCACGAGUUUACUUAAGUUUACCGCACGUCACAUGUAGAAACGUGAGUCCGCGUGCGUGUAAAUAUAUCUUAUCCAUUUCAAAUAUAAUUCUAAUUUCUUCUUGACGUUGCAUAAGAUAAAUUAUCUAUACGGUCUGUAGUUCGCGCGUGAGAUAACGAUUUUUUACAUAGGAUUUGUACAUCUGUUACGGAUUUAAGGAAAUCACGCAAUUUUAGAAUUUUUCACGAAGGCAGAUAGAGACGUUUUCCAGAUUUAUAUAACGCGAAUUCGAACGGAUUAUGCAUUAUAGUUGUAUGAUCGGAAGACAGUUGUGAUGCCAGCAGCUAAACAUCGUUUAUCAGGACACAUGCACAAACAUCAGAAGUCUUGACUGUCUCGAGCCAUUGUGAUAUUAGUUUAAGAAUAUCAAAUAUAUGAUAAUGUAAAUUAUCAAUAAUUAGAAUUGUAACGGAUAUUUUUUUAAUGACUUACAUAAGGCAGUCAUAUCACAUGUAGAUUCGAUAAUGCAUCUAGCCUUAUUAAUAUUAAUUUAACGACGUUAACUUUGGUAUCAUUCUAAUCAUCAUUAAUCAUACAAUAACGAAUAUACGUCACGUGGUGAACAUCCAGGAAUAAUAUCAUUUCAUGUACAUAUAUAUACUCCGUCAAAGACACGUAUGCUGGAACAGUUUAAUACGGAACAGUUAUGUUUUAUGUACAGUUUGACACUUAUUCUGUUGUGAAAUCAACAUGCUCUGUUAUAUACAAUAUGGUUCUCUGAAACCCACCGCCACCAAUAAAAAGAUUAAAUUAUUUUAUACA